AUGAAUCCUAAGGAAUCCGGAAUUGCAAUUGUAUCAAUAGGAAUGUCUGUGUUUGCAAUAGGAAUGCUUUUGCUGAUGGACAGGGCAUUGAUGAUAUCUGGCAAUCUCCUGAUAGUCGUAGGGCUUGCAUUGUUGCUGCGAUCAAAGUCACUUGCAUUAUUGAGCAUCGAUAGAAUCCAUGGCGUAGUUUUGUUUGUGAUGGGAAUUAUGUUUCUGGUCUAUGGAUUCUCUGUAUUUGGCUUUGUGCUGGAAGUGGCUGGACUAUUCGCGAUGCUGAAAGACAGCAUUCCCACAUUCAGGUCUGUGUUGAGGAACUUGCUGUUUUCAAGGCUCCCUAUGCUGAUGAGUAAAAAAUAA